CUGAUAGGAGAUUUAGGUGAAUAGGAAGAUGAAGGGAAGCCAAUCACAUGAGAAGCAAUGAAAUGGAAAGGCCAGAUAGCUGAGGAGCAACCAGACCUGGAAACCUGGGACUACAUACUGCAGCAACCUUUAGCACAGCAUGUCCGCCUGCGAGGCCCAAACAACAUCAGGCAGGAGCCUGUGCCUACCCAGCUGAACUGAAGUUGCUGAUUUGCUCUCUGGCAGCUUCAGAUGGGACAGCUGGCUGCCUCCCACCCAAAGCCAGGGCAGGAGUAACACAUGGGAUGGGCUGACUGCAAUGGGAAGAACCUCUUGCAUGCUCCAAGUUCCCUUCCAAGCAACAUCACUGGUUUGGACUUCUCUUUCAACUCCUUGGUUAUGCCCCAUCAUGGAACUUUCUUGAUGAACUUCCCUUCUUUGCACUCCCUCAACCUCUCUAACAAUGCCCUGCUGGCACUGAGCCCAGGAAUCUUCUCCAACCUCGGGGCACUGCAUAUGCUGGACCUGAGUAGCUGCAGCAUCACCUACCUCCACAAGGACACUUUCAAGGGCUUGGGAAAUUUGCACUCACUGCUCCUAAGAAACAACAGUCUGCAGGAGCUCGGGGUCCCUUUUUUCCUGCCACUGAAGUCUCUUUUCCACCUGGAUCUGCAACACAAUGCCCUGGUCUCUGCAGACACCUGGAGCCUGCAGCUGUUGGAGGCAGUCCCACGGGUCCAGCUGGAAGGGAACCCAUGGGUCUGCAACUGCACCGUGUACCCUCUGCAGCAGUGGCUACAGCGCAGGCAAGCUGUGCAGGUGACCUGUGCAUCGCCUCCAGAGCUGCAGGGCCAGAAGGUCAUAGCUUUGGAUUCCAAGGAUCUGGGCUGCCCAGUGAAGCAGCGGUUUUCUCGAGAGGACAGCACAGCACAGCAGAUCACAGUGACCUACAGCAAUACCACCACACCACCUGUAGGGAAGGGGGGAAGGAGCUGGCCAUACCUGGUGGGAUUCAUCGUGGCAGCAAUUGGCAUCUCCAUCCUGAUAGCACUGGCAGCUAAGUGCAAGCUCUUCCACAAGAACUUUGCCAGCUACCGCCACCAGCCGCUACCUGAAACCAGCUCGAUUGGAGGCAGCGCAAUGGAGGACAGCAGUAACUGGCACAGGGACUCCUUAGACCAGGGGGCCCAUGUCAGUCACCCCAUACAUGAUGCUACCGACCUGCAGGCAGAGGAUGAUGAUGGCUUUAUUGAGGACAACUAUAUCCAGCCGAGUGAGCAGCUGCCAGAGGAAGAGGAACGAGAGUUGCACCUUUCCAUUUGAGCCUGUAGCCCAGCCAGCACCACUAUGGCAUCUUGCUGUCACUCCCAUCUCCAUCCUCUUCCUUC